AUGAGUCAUGAAAGUGAAGGAGAGCGACCUACGCCAGGUACUUCAAAAAAAGAUAGAGCUCAAAGAGGAGAGUUUUCUUCAUCAGAGAAGGACAAACACAGGGCACAGAAGUAUCGUCUUGUUUGGGAAAAAUUAGAUAUGCUUAAAGACUGGUUAUGGCGUGGUAAAAACCAAUUCAAAGCGAAGUGCACGGUUUGUGACGUCGACCUGGUUUCAGAACAUGGAGUUUUAAAAAUACGCGCUUCUAGGAAAAAGCAUGUAAAAGCCAUAUCUGCAAUACUAAGCAAAUAA